AUGUCUGCCAUUCCUGCUGCCCUACUGUCUGUGCUGGUCUUGGGCAACGCCAUCGGAGGAACGGCGGCCUACAGCGUUCUAGUUUCGAGGUCAUCGGAGAAUUGCCUGACGAACGAGUUCAAGUGCGCCAGCGACGGGAACUGCAUUCGAGUGGCUCGUCUGUGCGACGGAACUGAUGACUGUGACGAUGGUUCCGACGAAAGAGGCUGCCCGCAGGCCACUCGCACGUGCUCAGUGACGGAAUUUCGGUGCCGAAGUGGCCAGUGCAUUGCCGGGUGGCGUCGUUGCGACGGUGAGCCCGACUGCAACGACUUCUCGGACGAGGAGAGGAUGACCUGCGGUGAGGGCGGUACCUGUCACCCGGACCAGUUCGCGUGCAAGAACCGCACAGGUACUUGCAUUCCCGCCGAAUGGCGAUGCGACCGGGUUCGCGACUGCACCGACGGCUCGGACGAAGAGGGCUGCCCGAACGCGACCUGUUCGGAGGACAAGGAGUUCGCCUGUAGGAACGGUCGGUGCAUCCUGAAGGGCUGGAGGUGCGACGGUGACGAUGAUUGCGGCGACGGAUCGGACGAAGAGAACUGUCGGCGAGAGACGUGCUCGGCGUCCAAGUUCGGGUGCGGCAGCGGCGGGUGCGUUCCGAGUCGUCUACGCUGCGACGGACGUCGCGACUGCCGGGACGGGUCAGACGAAGACCCCAGUUCCUGCCGUGCCGGGUUGUGCCGCGACGACGAGUUUGCCUGUGGGCCUCUGUCGGCUAACGCUUGCGUUCCCUUGAAGUCCCGGUGCGACGGUAACGAAGACUGCCCCGACGGAUCGGAUGAAAAGGAGUGCGGUACCACGGACUGCGUCAGGUACGACGUCUUGUGUGGCGACGGCCAGUGCGUCAGGAUUUGGUCGCGCUGCGACGUUCAGAAUGUUUCGUGA